AUGCAGGGGAGUUACCUAAAGAAGCGGCUGCACGCCAAUGUGCAGGCAAAGCUGUACAGCAGCCUCACCCCUGGGGUUUUGAGUAGAACAAAAAGGGAAGUUCCCAAUCCUAUGCAGAGAACCCAUGUAAGCAGCACAGACUUGGCAAAACUGACCCAAAAGGGCCACUACAACACAUACAAAAAUAGGGUUUUCAAUCCAGCGAUGUACAAUAAUGUUCCCCCAAAUUAUAUGAACAUGCAAAUGAACAGUCAUGAAAAUAACGCGACUGGCACACCAAACGGGAUGAGUUUAAAUUACGAAAAUCAGCAGAACAGAUAUUACCCGUUGAAGUACAACUAUGGUGUAAAUGCCGAAGGUGUGGACAACAAUCCUGCCGCCGCCGCUUCCGCCACGGCUAACACGACUUACCAAUACUUUAGCAUUUUUGGCAACACAGCCAUGUGCCUAAUAAAGCCAAUAUAUCCAGACUACAUCGUUAAUAAAAAUAAAGUGACUAUCUACGGAAAGGGGGGAUUUCAAUUUGUCUUCAUGAAAAAACACAUGAACUCAAAUAAGUACGACAAAAAUAAUAAAAUGAGCAUAAUUCUAAAAAUCAACAGUUUGGCUCAUUUGCUCUCUCUGAAAGACGCAGAACAGAUAAAGACGCCCAUAUGUAUCAAAGGCAGCAACAACAACAGCCUAAUCAUCGAUAAACACAAGGAGAAGAAAGACCACAUAGUUAUACGGUACAAAUAUCUGCCGUCUGCCAAUCAGGAUGGAAACUUGGGCGAAAUGAAUAACCUCGACAUGGAAGUAAACCAAAGUCCUCAGAUAAACAAUUUGAAUGAUAAGGAAAAAAAUAAUUUUGAGGAACUGCAUGUGAGCUCUCCUUUUUCUGAAUUUCAGCUUUUUCAGAAGGCAGCAAAUUUGUUGCUCCCGCAGUUGCUUGGCUGGGCUAGGCAUCACUGA